GCGACAACAAUUAUUUUCAUGUUUCAAUUACCUAGAUAGCUAUACAAAUCACGCACAUUUUUCCUUUGAGGAGGCGGCGCUAGUCAUACAGUUACACCCCAUCAUCAUAUGACAUUACAUACAUUACGUUAGGCUUCCUCGGUACUUUAAUCAGUGCCUCUCCGCAGCGCCUCAUCUAGACUCAAUCAUUUCAACAUCACUAUUCAACUUUUCAACGCCAUUAUCGCAGUGCAUUCGCAAAUCAUCAACAACCAUUAUUCGAGACACCAAUAAACUAUGGCGUCGAACACAAAAUACACUCCCGCUUCCCAACGGGACUCGCUCGAUGAUCCCGUACAUUAUUCGCAAGCCCCUCCAUCUUAUGCCGAACCUUCUGCAUCUGCGGACAAUGAUGCUCUCCUAGGAGGACCAAGAAGCAGUGAGGACAACAUUCCGGAUGACUUCAAGUUUGGAGGUUCCGUCGCCGAAGCGACUAUCGAGAUACGAAUGCAGUUUGUCCGAAAAGUCUACACUAUCCUCUCUGUACAACUCAUUGCCACAGCCGCUCUAAGCUCUGUCUCCUUCUUCAGCGAAUCCUACAAAACUUGGAUUCAGUCAAACACUUGGAUGUUAUGGACUUCGAUGUUUGGCGCAAUUGGUUUCAUGCUCUUGACCUACUGGAAGCGAAAGUCAUACCCAACCAACUUGUUGUUUCUUGGAGGAUUCACAGCGCUCGAGGCAUACUCGAUAUCGGUUAUCGUGUCGACAUUUGAUUCUCGCAUUGUUCUUCAAGCCGUCUUACUUACCGCCGGAAUAUUUGUUGCGCUGACACUCUUUGCCUGCCAAACCAAAUAUGAUUUUACGUCAUGGAUGCCUUAUCUCUUUGGUGGACUUUGGGCAUUGAUUCUCUUCGGAUUCAUGGCCAUGUUCUUCCCAAACAACAGUACGGUUGAGUUGAUUUAUUCUGGUAUCGCCGCUCUUAUCUUUUCCGGCUACAUUCUCGUUGACACCCAGCUCAUUAUGAGACAUUCUCACGUGGAGGAGGAGAUUGCAGCAGCUAUCAGUCUUUACCUUGACAUCAUCAACCUGUUUUUGGCCAUUCUCCGAAUCCUCAACAGCCAACAAAAUAACUAGAGAGGAUGCUAUGGUCAGAUAGUGGCAUCGGGAAAUGACCGAAGUAGGAUGCCAUCUUGCUUUUAAAUACAACUUUCAAUGGGCAAAAAAAAAUUAUGGGGUUAUGGGUUAAUUUGAAAGCUGGUACUAUUAGGAUGAGAUUCCUGUGGGGUUUUUGGGAUCUUUCCGGGGGUGGUUUAUUUGUUUCGAUAGCUCUUUCCCCUUUACAUGAAGCAAACUCAUAUUCAAUGUUAUGCUGUCGGUUCACAAAAUGCAAACUCGAGUCUUUUCUGCCAUUUAAUUUUGACCGAAGAUGUGUAGGUACGACAGGUCUGAUCCUGAUGAAUCGCCCCCUCCUAUUCGGGUCAGGGGUCUAACUAAUACCGAAGGGGUAACGAAACAUCCCA